AUGAAGUUCAGACUAUCCAUUAAGCCGGAUGAGGUACCGCUCGACGAGGAAAGACACCCUGAUGACGAUGAAGCCAACGUUGCGCCACAGUCUGCGGCCAAGGAAGCGGCCACCUCCCGUGCCGAUCAAGUGGAUGAUGGCAAGAGUGAUGUGGUCAACCCGGAGUUCCAGCAUGGUGUACAGAGCGCACAGGCCAUGACUCAGGUCUGGUCCAAACAACAUUUGAUUCUGGCCUACGUGAUGAUCUGGAUUAUCUACUUUAUUAAGAAUUUCGCGUUCGGUAUCAUUAGCACACUGACUCCAUAUACGUAUUGUGCGGCUCAAGUGUUCUACUCGGUGGGCUCUGCGGGUGUGGACUUCACCUUGACCAUCUUCAUUGCCGAUACGUCGGCACUGAAGAACCGGGCAUUCUGGCUCGGCUUUGUUGGUUCUCCAUACAUUGCCACGGUUUGGGCAUACGGACCGGCGGCAGAAGAUAUCUUGAAUUCCAUGGGAUGGCGAUGGGGCUUCGGCAUCUGGGCCAUUAUGACGCCGGUGAUGUUAACGCCUCUGUUCUUCCUAUUUUACUAUAACCAGCGCAAAGCGCAGAAGGCCGGUUUGAUUCCCGAACGUCAUAGCCAGCGCACUGCAAUGCAAUCAAUCGCCUACUACGGCAAGGAGUUCGAUGUUAUCGGUCUGCUCCUCCUUACUACUGGACUUGCCCUAUUCCUGUUAGCUUUUAAUCUGUACACAAAACAACCAGACGAGUGGAAAUCUCCGCUGAUCAUCUGCUUCAUUGUCAUCGGCAGCCUCCUGCUCAUCGCCUUCCCUGUCUACGAGAGAUACAUCGUCCCUGUCACAUUUAUUCCCUGGUCGCUGUUGCUCAACCGAACUGUCUUCUUCACCUACAUCAUGGCUGCCAGCAUCUACCUGGCCUGGUAUUUCUGGGACACAUACUUCUACUCGAUGCUGAUUGUGGUCUUCAACCAAAGCGUCAGCCAAGCGACCUACAUCACCAAUAUCUACAGCGUCGGCUCCUGCUUCUGGGCCGUACUCAUGGGCAUCCUGAUCCGUUACAACGGCCGUCUCAAAUGGCAAGCGCUCUACUUCGGGGUCCCCAUCACCAUUCUUGGUGUCGGACUGAUGAACAAAUUCCGUGAACCGGGCGUCAACAUCGGGUACAUCGUCAUGUGCCAGAUCUUCAUCGCGUUUGGCGGCGGCACUCUGGUGAUCUGCGAACAGAUGACGGUCAUAGCCGUAUCAUCGCAGCAACACAUUCCCGCCGUGUUGGCGAUGGAAAGCAUGUUCAUUAAUAUCGGCAGUGCGGUGGGCACUACCCUCGCCACGGCGCUGUGGACGGGUAUCUUUCCCCAGAAACUUGCCGAGUAUCUCCCCGCGGAUGCGCAGUCAAACCUGAUGAGUAUUUAUGGCGAUAUCGCGGUUCAAGCGUCGUAUCCGGUUGGUAGUGCGGCGCGUGAUGCCAUUAACCGGUCGUAUUCGGAGACACAGCGGUUGAUGUUGAUUGCGGCGACGUGUUUGUAUACAGUGACGCUGACAUCGGUGAUGAUGUGGAAGGAUGUCAAUGUGAAGAAGAUCCAGCAGGUCAAGGGGCGGAUUCUUUAG